CAUUCUCAACCUCACCGAUCAAACCAACCCAAGCAAAACCCAGAAACCCUAUUAACCUCAUCAUCAAUGGCUGAGCAACACCCCCGCCCACAAGAACACCAAGGCUACCAGACUCAGCACCAGUACGACCAACAACAGCAGCACCAAGGUUUCCAGUACGACGACCAACAGCAACCAAAAGGCUUCCUUCCACAAAAUGGUCCCUCUGCCACGCAUAUUGUAGCAAUGCUCACUCUUGUUCCAAUCGGCGGCACUCUGCUCUUCCUUUCUGGGGUCACGCUCGCUGGGACUAUCCUUGGGCUCGCUGUUUCCACCCCGCUUUUUGUUAUCUUCAGCCCCAUUUUGGUCCCGGCCGCUUUGGUCAUAGGCCUGUCCGUGGUCGGGAUCUUAACCUCGGGGGCUUUUGGGAUCACGGCCCUCUCGUCUUUUUCUUGGCUGGCCCGUUUUCUGCGUCGGAGUCGGCUGCCGGAGAAAAUGGGCCAGAAGGUGCAGGAGACUACGGGGUAUUUGGGCCUAAAGGUACAGGAGACGGCGGGCUAUUUGGGCCAAAAGAUGCAAGAGACUGGAGGCCAGGUGGGCCACUUGUUGCAGGAGACUGGAGGUCAGGUGGGCCAGAAGACUAGAGAAACGGGGCAAAAUUUAGAUAAGGCCCAGGAUGCUGGUAGGGACCAAGAGGGUGGUAGGACCAAAGAAGGUGGCAGGGGGCGUGAAGGUGUUACUGUUACUGUUGAGCCAUGAAGAAGAUGAACUGGUUCAUAGAUGCAUGUUAUAUAUAGGCCUUGGUAGCUAGUAAUCU